AUGACGACGACCUCGACCCCAGUAUCGAAGCAUAGUCCUGACGAGCAUCGAGAAGACUAUUUCUCAGCCGCUGUCUCCAAGCAAUCUCAUUCUGAUGACGCACAAUGGGAGAGCCUCCUGGACCGUGGGCUGGCAUACGGUAUCAAAACCCGAGAUCAGUUGCGCUUCGAGGCAGACGUGGGCCAUACGUCGUUCGUUGGCGAUCGUCUAGUCGACAAGGCCUCCCAUCGUCACGACAUAGAGCUUUGGGAGAUCUUGUUGAUUGCCCAAGCUCUACAAAACGGCCAUGAUGGAAUCAAGGCUAUAUGGAGAGGAAUGAAAUUCCGUGGAGAGGCCUUCCGGUUCGAAGGAGAUGACCCCCGUGUCGAAGCUCUGUGGAAGACUUUUCUCUCUGCAGGGUCGGAGGACCAUCAUUUUCUCUGGUCAAUCUGCAAGGAAGCCAAGCAUUUGAAGUACAAACGUCCAAAGUUGUUUGCAGAGAUUGUUGGAGCUGCCUUGGAAGGGUCGGGCCCCCUGGAAGCCUAUCAAUUCGCAUCCUUCAUCGGCCAGAAACAUUAUAAGGGGAGUGAUGAUCUCCUGGCAGUCUUCUUUGCUGCCUGUCGCUCGAAGGAAGGCAAUGCCCUAAAAGGCUUCUGCAGUGUCUACGAUGUGGUUCCCAAGACUCGGAUCUAUUCAGAGGUUACUUCUCAUCUAUGGAGUCAAAACCGGUCAUCUGAUGCCUUCAUGAUGCAUUCUUUUUUGAUCGCAAGGAGAGACCUGCCACCGCGUUUCGAGCUGCUUGAACCCUACAUCAACUACUUAGCUCUGCACAACGAAAGUCUCGAAAAUUUUCUCUUGCCGCUGAACCAGGCUGGUGCUUCUUUCGAAGCCCAGGCGAGACGUCUAUGGUCAAUCGGCAGAAGUAGAAUCACGGGUGUGCCUGCAGAUUCCCUCAAUAUCGUGGCAAGCAAGACUAUGGGAUCAGCACCGACAAAACUCAGCGAUCAGUUUGUUGCACGAGCCUUUGCCACUCGGGCAUUUUCUUUCGAUUUUGCAGUCAAUAGUCUGAGGAUGAUUGGACUUAUUGAGGUCGGGCCGCUGGCGGUUCGGCAAAUGACCCUGGCUGCACCGGAUCUCUCUACCUUACAAGCUCGCUUCCAGAAACUCCGCGACCUCGAAAUUGACACUGGAUCGUCUGUUUUUGUUCGGCUAAUUAGAGAUGUCUGUGAUGCAGGGCAUUGGGAAAUGGUCCGAGCGCUCGUGGACAAUGAUUUACAUCACGAAGUAUUUGAGGAUACCGAGCUACAGAAGCGGCUUUUGACCGAGUAUUACCGGACAAAAGACUGGGGACAACUAAAUCGUACGCUCAUCAUUCUCAACGAGGGACACUUUGACAACUACUCUCGUAGUCGAUCCACCAACUUCUUGUUGAGAGCAAUGAUGGAAGUGGGCGACUGGAAGAGCGUUGUAAAUUAUGUGUCGACUUUACAAGAGCACGGUUUACAUAUCUCUUCUUCCUUUCCUGAAUUUGUCGUGUCUCUCUUCCGAAGCACUAAACAACUCGCUGAUGGUGGCGGUCGAGGAGAUGUGGACAAAGUUGGAUUUCUGAUAGGAUUGAUGCAGAAUGUCCUUGCUUCGGGAACAAACUUCAAGAUCAAGCUCUGGCGGGCGCCGAUAAAGGCACUCGGUCGCCAAGGACGACUGAAAGAGCUGGAGUUACUCGCCUACUGGAUAUCGGAGUGGUACCGCAGUGGAGGACUUAACGGACAAGUUCUUCAAGUCCCGAUGUCCGGCUCAGGGACGAAUCUGAACAUCCUUUUCGACGACAAGUUCCAAAAGUCGCUCAUGUCAUGGUGUUUCAGACCUCGCAAAGGAAUGGGUGCCGUUUCCCCUGAACGUUGUCUUAGGUGGACCCGCGUGCUCAAGAGGCUUCGGGACGUCUACGGUGUGGAAGUCAAGGAAUACGUCAUCCGAUGGGAGUUUAUUCACCGCUUACGACGGCUUUUCGCUGUGGGAAUGCGUCUCAAGGCACCAAAUGCGUGGAUGCGUUCGAGAAACCGCGCCUCGCUCACACGAUUUUGGGCUCUAUAUGACAAGAUGUGGGACAUGAAACCAGCUGGUCAGGUCAAGUACGAUGAUCGAAUUGAAGCCAGCCUCUACCACCGCAAGCUAAGCCCUCUCAGGAGGAGGCGUUUGAUAAGCCACUGGGCGACAAGGCGGACUGAACGAGCCUUGGGCCGGGGACAACAGAUUGGUCACGGCCAGAACAAGAGGCAAGAGGGUAUUGUUGUGUACAGAGAUCUCUUUAAUGCGUCAUGGGAGGACUAUAGACGGUGA